AUGCGCAGGCUGCCCAGCCGCGGGGGCUGCGCGGAGAAAAGGGGCGGGGUGGUCGGAGCUGCUGUGCUGGCAGCAGUAGGCGAGGGCGAGGCUGCGGGGUUCCUGGUGCUGAGGACGGACGCCAUUGGAGCCCCAGGGGAGCAUGGCUGAGGGAAGCUACCGCAUGGAAUCGGACAGCUACAACGUUGAAGACAUGGAUGAGGGUAGCGAUGAAGUCAGGGAGGAAGAGAUGGUUGAAGGAAACGUCUAUGAAGAAUUUGGUGCUUUUGGAGGCUACGGCACCCUCACCAGCUUUGACAUCCGAAUUCUCAGAGCCUUUGGGAGCUUGGGUCCAGGCCUUCGCAUCUUAUCGAAUGAGCCCUGGGAACUGGAAAACCCUAUGCUGGCCCGGACUCUGAUGGAGGCAUUUCAGCUGGAUCCGGAAACACUUGCCAAUGAGGCGGCCUCCCGUGCUGCCAAUGUAGCCCGCGCUGCCGCCUCCAACCGUGCCGCUCGGGCUGCUGCCGCUGCCGCCCGUGCCACCUACAGUCAGGUGGUCGCUAACCACCCGGUGGCCACAGACCAGGCUUCAGGAGAAGAUACUCGGCCCAUGACACACACGGCCGAGGCUCAGAGAGCCACCUCUGAGACAACCCUUGCUUCUCCACAGAGCUCCCAGAUGCUAGUCAACAGUGAGAUGGUCGCCCCCGGGGCUCCAGCAACCUCCGCACAGCCCCAGACAGCUUCUCAGGCCCAGGAGGCUGCUACUGAGGGCCCUAGUCCUGCCUGUGCUUUCUCUCAGGCUCCAUGUGCCAGUGAGAUGGAUGCCACCCGGCCCAAGACAGCCUUCCUGGGUCAGAACGAUGUCUUUGAUUUCACUCAGCCGGCAGGUGUCAGUGGCAUGGCCUUCCCACGCCCCAAGAGACCCACCCCGGCCCAGGAGGCUGCCACAGAGGGCCCCAGUGCUGCCUCCGGGGUGCCCCAGGCAGCAUCUGCCAGGGAGGGGUCAGCCACCCGGCCCAAGACAACCAAGUCUGGGAAGGCUCUCGCCAAGACUCGGUGGGUGGAGCCCCCGAAUGUUGUGGCAGCGCCUGCUGCCAAGGCCAAGAUGGCCAUGAGCAUCCCUCAGGAGCCUGAGGGUGCAGCUGCCACUGCUCAGCACAGUGCUGAGCCCUGGGCCAGGAUGGGAGGCAAGAGGACAAAGAAGUCCAAGCACCUGGAUGAUGAAUAUGAGAGCAGCGAGGAGGAGAGAGAGCCUCCUGCAGUCCCACCGACCUGGAGAGCAUCGCAGCCCCCACUGGCGGUGCAGGCUCAGAUGGCCCCUCGGCCCCCGAUGGCCCUGAGGUCCCAGGUACCCUCAAGGCACGUACUGUGCUUGCCACCCCGCAACGUGACCCUUCUGCAAGAGAGGGCAAAUAAAUUGGUGAAAUAUCUGAUGAUUAAAGACUACAAGAAGAUCCCCAUCAAGCGCUCAGACAUGCUGAAGGACGUCAUCCGAGAAUACGACGAACAUUUCCCUGAGAUCAUUGAACGAGCAACAUACACUCUGGAAAAGAAGUUUGGGAUCCACCUGAAGGAAAUUGACAAGGAAGAACACCUGUACAUUCUUGUCUGCACACGGGAUUCUUCAGCUCGCCUCCUGGGAAAGUGAGAAAGGGCAGGAGGGUUGUGGCCUUCCUCGGUGG